AUGGAGAAAGCUUCUAGCUUGGAGGAGUAUAGGGGCUUCUCUUUUGGGAAUAAUAAUGCGGUCGAUAUCCUGCACUUUGCCGAUGAUACCAUAAUACUGGGAAAUGGAGAUGAGCAGAAUCUGUGGUGUUUGAAAGCCAUUCUCAGGGGCUUUGAACUUAUGGCUGGUCUCAAGAUCAACUUCAGCAAAAUUAACAUUGUCGGGAUUAAUCUGUGUGAGGAUUAUAUCCAAAUGUCUUCAACAUUCAUGUCCUGUGGUAUAGGAGUCACCCCUUUCAAGUUUUUGGGUGUAAUGGUGGGAGAUAGCCCGAGGAAGACGGCAAUGUGGAAAGAAGUCAUUAAUGAUAUAAGAAGGAGGUUGAAUAAUUGGAGAGGUAAAUUUCUUUCGGUUGGAGGGAGGGUGGUCCUAAUAAACUCGGUUCUAAACGCAAUUCCCUUAUACUCUCUUUCAUUCUACCGAGCCCCAAAGAAGGUGAUAAAGGAGAUUGUUAGCAUUCAAAGAAACUUUCUUUGGAAAGGUGUGGAAGGUGAUAGAGGCAUUUGUUGGGUUAGUUGGCGUAACGUUUGUAGACCCAAAGAAGAAGGUGGUCUUGGCAUAAGAGACGUUAAUAACAUGAACAUUUCGUUAUUAAUGAAGUGGAAAUGGAGAAUUUGUAAUGAAGAGAAUGCAGUCUGGUCUAAUCUUUUAAUUCAUAGAUACAAGAAUCCGGUGGUUAAAAUGUUUGUGAACGACAAGGGUGUUAUUUCCAGCAGAGAUUCUAUAUGGUGGCGAGAUUUAAUAUUGAUUAACGAUUGUGAUGGAUCAAAUGGUCUAUCUCAAUUGGGUGGGGACCAAACUUUGUCGGAAGCGUAUCUGGAGCUGUAUGAUAAAGCUGCUAACCGCUUCGCGUCAGUCGCGGAGGCUGGUCAUUGGGAGGAUGAUGUUUGGACCUGGGACAAUGAAGGCUGGCUGAGAGAGUCUGAUUUUGGUGAUGAGGAUUUGCUGACAUCGAUGCAAUCAGUCUUGCUGCUGCUCAAUUUUCAGAAUGCCGGCAGAGACGAGAUUUUAUGGAGGGCGGAUGAACAAUGA